AUGGCUCACCUACCUGAACAUGUUUCAUCAACUGUUGGUCCGAUAGGGUACCCACAUGAUUGGGAAUCGAUAAUGACUAAUGUAAAUCAUUCUAAUGUGGAUUAUGAACAAGCACAACCACAAAAUAAUGUUCAGUCAAGUUUAUCGGAGGCAGGACGAAAACGUAAACAUAAUCAUUCACGUGCUCUCGAACAAAGAUCACGAUAUUAUCGAACUGAAACCCAGGUCGAUGAUUUCUGA